AUGCAGCCACUCCAUUUUUCAUACAAGAAAUACAACAUUAGUUUACCCCUACCUGUCCUUGCCGUUUCUCUUGUGCUGCUGCUCUCCUUGGCCACCCCCAUCAGUUCUUGCACGGAGCAGGAGAAGAAAUCUCUCCUCCAGUUCCUUGCUGGCCUCUCUCAAGAUUCUGGUCUUGCCAAGUCAUGGCAGGAAGAAGGCACUGAUUGCUGCAAAUGGGAAGGGGUCACCUGCAAUGGAAACAAGACAGUCAUUGAGGUCUCUCUGCCAUCUAGAGGCCUUGAAGGGAGCAUCACGUCUCUUGGCAACCUCACCGGCCUGCAGCAUCUUAACUUGUCCUACAAUUCGUUGUCCGGUAACCUGCCCCAGGAAUUGGUGUCAUCCAGCAGUAUCAUUGUCCUUGACAUCAGCUUUAACCAGAUCAGCGGAGACUUGCAUGAACUACCGUCUUCGACCUCUAGCCAACCUCUAAAGGUACUCAACAUCUCAAGCAACUUGUUUACAGGGCAGUUUACAAUCGCAACAUGGAAGGGGAUGGAGAAUCUAGUGGCGCUCAAUGCCAGCAACAACAGCUUUACUGGGCAGAUUCCAAGUCAUUUCUGUAACAUAUCACCAAACUUUGCUAUCCUUGAACUCUGUUACAACAAACUCAGUGGCAGUAUCCCCCCAGGACUCAGUAAUUGCUCCAAGCUCAAAGUGCUCAAGGCUGGCCACAACCACCUCAGUGGGACUCUCCCUGAUGAACUCUUCAAUGGGACCUUGUUGGAGCAUCUCACUUUUUCCAGCAACGGUUUACAUGGAAUACUUGAGGGCACACAUAUAGCCAAUCUCACUAAUCUGGUCAUCCUUGAUCUUGGAGAAAAUAAUUUCAGAGGUAAGGUACCCGAGUCCCUAGUUCAGCUCAAGAAAUUGCAGGAACUUCAUUCGGGCUAUAACAACCUGUCUGGGGAGCUGCCAUCAGCCCUGAGCAACUGCACAAAUCUCACAAACAUCGACCUCAAGAACAACAAUUUCAGUGGAGAACUCACCAAGGUCAAUUUCUCCAACUUACCCAAUCUACAAAUCUUGGAUCUUAUGGAGAAUAACUUCAGUGGCAAAAUUGCAGAAACCAUAUACUCAUGCCACAAACUAACUGCACUGCGUCUAUCUUCUAAUAAUUUCCAUGGUCAGUUAUCAGAGGGACUAGGCAAUCUGAAGUCACUCUCGUUCCUUUCACUUACUGGCAACAGUUUUACGAAUUUGGCAAAUGCACUUCAGAUACUAAAGAGCUCCAAAAACCUCACCACCCUUCUUAUUGGGCUCAACUUCAUGAACGAGACCAUGCCAGAUGAUGAACGCAUUGAUGGUUUUGAGAAUCUUCAGGUUCUUUCCUUGACUGGAUGCUCAUUGUUGGGGGAAAUACCUUAUUGGUUAUCGAAGCUAACAAAUUUGCAGAUGUUAUAUUUAGAUGGCAAUCAACUAACUGGGCCGAUUCCUGACUGGAUAAGCAGCCUAAACUUCCUGUUCUAUCUAGACAUAUCAAAUAACAGUUUGACUGGGGGAAUUCCUACAGCGUUAACAGAGAUGCCGAUGCUAAAAUCGGAGAAGACUGCGGCACCUUUGGAUCCAAGAGUCUUUGAAGUACCAAUUUAUUUAGGCACAUCACUUCAAUACCGCAAGGUGAAUGCUUUUCCAAUACUGCUGGACCUAGGAAACAAUAAUUUCACUGGUGUGAUCCCUCCAGAGAUCGGUCUCUUAAAAGAGAUCCAGUCACUUAAUUUGAACUUCAACAAACUAUAUGGGGAUAUCCCCCAAUCGAUCUCCAACCUCACCAACUUGUUGGAGCUUGACUUGUCAAACAACUAUCUAACUGGUGCAAUCCCUGGAGCGCUGAACAAUCUACACUUCCUUACUGAAUUCAAUGUUUCUUUCAAUGACCUAGAAGGGCCUGUGCCGACCACAGGCCAGUUUAGUACAUUUACAAAUUCCAGCUUUGGUGGCAACCCGAAGCUCUGUGGCCCCAUGCUUAUUCACCAGUGCAAUUCAGCAGAGCAAGGUCCCGUGCCCACUGUGUAUGAAAACCAAGGUGGCAGCAAGUCCAUCUUCACAAUCACCUUCAGUCUUUUCUUUGGACUAGGAGUGCUAUAUGAUCAGAUUGUAUUAUCCAGAUACUUUGGUUAA